AUGACUAACUUCUUAAGAUCAACUGAGGUGUUACCUCCUGCCAAUGGCAAAAAAUUAUGGAGAGUCAAGAGAUCUACCGGCAGUGGAAAAGUAUCGAACCCAGAUCAAACUAACAGUUCUAAUGAAUGUUUACAGAAUUCCCUUAAGAUUUCCGCAGCUGGAAAUCAGUAUUCUUUAAAGAGGUCUCCUUUGAGAAGGCCUAAGAAUAAGCCAGGUAUGCCAAAAGAUUUUGUCUUUGUCGACUUAUCGCCAAUCAAGACAGAGAGCGAGAUGUCAGAUGAAGAUUCUGUUGCAGAAUCUCAAUUUUCAUCUCCAGAAAGCGCGGUUGAGAGAUCGACUUUUGAUAAUCAGCAUUUGAACGACAGCCUUAGUUCGAUAAGCUCAGAUGAUGACUCUAUGUUCUCUGCUGCCUCAACGACGUCAAUUUCAGAACCUUCGCAUUUCCAGAGUAUGGAUGCUCUUGAUGCUUAUAUGCAGGCGCAUCCUUCUCACGUUACCAUGCUUGACGAUCCAAUGGGCUUGGGAAUUACAGGCAUCGAUUGGAACGCAAAUGUAUUACAGCCACAUAAUGCUCAACAGUGUCAUCAACAAUCUCAUUCCCAUUCUAAUACAGAAUGCUCACAACUUGACUACAAUCAGGCAAUACAAUUUCAGGAAUUGCAACAACAGUUCAAUCAACUGACUGUUUCUGCUUCUGGCCUCCCAUCUCCAGCCGAAUCAGAGUCUAAGUUUUCGCCUAUUCACAUAAGAUCGAAAUCUACUAGUGAUGUUCGUCAAAAGAAAAAAUCAGGAAAUACAUUUCAAUUUAAACAAUAUAACGGUCCGAAUGCACCCAAGAGAAGUAAGCCUCAAUUGAAACACAGGCAUACAAUUUCUGAACCCUAUAAGGGCAAAGCGUCAUAUAAAGCCAAAUCUCGUUUUGAGACUUCCAAGAACAAUUUUUGCUUGGAGGACUUUAUGUUAUUGAAUGAUCAGUUACAAAUUAACUUGAGAAACGAAAAAUUAAAUGGAAGAGAGCAGGCUUCUUUCAUGUAUUCGCCAAUCUCCGAACCAUCUCAUUCAGAUGAUAAACUGUUAAAUGGACCAAUGAAUUUGGACAAUUCCUUAUUUAACUGCAAUUCAUCUGAUUAUUUUAUGACCCAAAUUCCGGAAUUUGAUUUGGAUGCGUUCGUCGCAUUUUAA